AACAUCAUCCUGGAUAAUUUUAUGUCGUUGAACUAUUAAUAGCAACUUCUAUCAUGGACUCAAGAUAUGAUUUCAGGGUACUUAUAGUCGGUGGGGGAACAAGUGGUCUUGCCCUUGCUCAUGGCCUCCAACAAGGGAGCAUACGAUAUACUCUUUUUGAGAGAGAUCCUGAAGAGGUGUAUUGGAAUAAGUCUCGCGACUGGGGUAUGCAGCUACAUUGGGGCAAGGAAUACCUUUUUAGCGUGAUACCGAAUCAUAUCCAGUCACGUCUAAGAGAAGCCUUGGUCGAUCCUCAUUAUGACGCUUAUGGGCCCUUUCCUCAUAUUAAUGGGAACACCGGCGAGGUCAUUGCAGAAGUUCAUAUGCCUGGAAUAGUGCGCGUAUCACGGGAAAAGCUACGAAAGUUACUGGGGUGGGAGACAGAGUUGAAUAUGAUGUUUGAGAAGAAACUAGUUAGCAUUGCUCAUGGUGAGGACGGACUUAUUACAGCGUCAUUUUCGGAUGGCUCUGAGGAGACGGGCAACCUGUUAGUUGGUUGCGAUGGUUCGAGGUCCAAAGUGCGUGAACACCUCGUGGGAGAGGAGCUUGGGAAACCAACUGAUAUUGGCAUGACUAUGAUAAAUCAUGCCGCUGGAGGCUAUACCGCGGAGCAGGCUCUGUUGUUGCGCAAAUAUCAUCCCAUUGGGAAGAUUGCGUAUCAUCCGGAUUACUAUGGAAAUUUUCUCCUGGCCGCCCUCGACUGCUCCAACCGUGAGAACCCCGAGGAAUGGAAAUUCCAAAUUCAGCACGCCUGGUGGGGACCUCCCUAUGUUGACGAUCUCAAAGAUCAAAAGACGAGACUGGAGUUCUACAAAACUCGAUGUUCAAAAAUGUGUGAACCUUUUCGUACGGCUGGUGUUGCGUUACCCAAGAACGAAAUUCUUCCUAUUGAUCCAUCGCAGCAGUGGGCUCCUAUUGAAUGGGACAAUCGCCAUGGCGCAGUGACGUUGGCAGGAGAUGCUGCUCACUCUAUGUUACCUCACCGCGGUCAAGGCUUGAAUAAUGCCAUGCAAGACGUCGCAGAGCUUUUUCGCGCAAUCAAGCAGGUUGUUUCUGGUCAACUCAGCCUUGAGACCGCUAUAACCUCUUACGAAACCGCCAUGCGUCCAAGGGGUGCGAAGGAUGUUGAGCUCUCCCUUGAGAGUGCUAAGAAGAUGCAUCUAUCUCAUUUGAAGGAAAGCCCGUUUUUGAAAAUAGGGUUUCAUAAGCAGGAUACUUGGGGGGAAAUUAUCAAGGAGAAUUGAGAUUCAUUUAUCAAAUCUGUACUGGUUCUAACUAAAUACAUUUGACCUUGAGAAAAAA